CAGGAUUAGAAGCAGGUCAUUUGGUAUAUAAUAGGUCAGUUUCUUCACAGAGUCACAGUUUUGAGUGAGCCUCUGUUUAGGUACUACACCUCCAAGAACCCAAAAUGAAAUUGUUUUUGAUUGCCGCUGUCAUCGCUGUAUCUUCAGCAGCCCGUCUGGAACAUCUGGAAAGGUCCUACCUUCCACCAGACUCCAACUCUGUAUCUGGAGGCUUUGGAUCCCGCGGGUCCAAUGGAUUCGGAUCUGGCCACUUUGGCGCUAGUGCUCGAGGAUCCCAAGGAGGCUUUAACGGAGGUAAUGCCGGAGCUGGAGUGGACAGCGGCUUCUCUGGAUCCCUGAAUGGAUUUGGAUCAAGCAACAACGGUGCUGUCGACGGUUUGAAACAAUACUUGCCUCCUCAUCAAUCUGGAUCCAACUUUGGUGGAUCUGCUAUCAAACCUGCCUGCUCAUCAUGUGGAUUCGCCCGUCAACAGUCAUUCGGAGCCCAGGUUCCAAGCACUCAGUAUGGUCAGCCUCAACUUGCUGCUCAACCUAGCAACCAAUACGGUCAGCCCCAAUUCGGUGCCCAACCUAGCAACCAAUACGGUCAGCCCCAAUUCGGUGCCCAACCAAGCAACCAAUACGGGCAGCCCCAAUUCGGUGCCCAGCCUAACCACCAGAGCCAGCCAAUCGGUGCCCCUUCCCAUCAGUUUGGAUUAUCUAGCUCCCAAAACCAAUUUGGUGCUAACUCCCAAUACAACCAGCCUCAAUCAGCUCCAUCCAACGGCUUUGCAUCCCGCUUCGGCCAGGACUCUGCCACCAGCCGCCAAUAUUUGGCACCGAAGACCCAGGAGAUCCCUCAACAGCCAUUUGACGAACAAACUGGUUACCAAUACUAAAAAUGUAUGUAAUGUAUCUUUCAAUGUAAAUAAAUGAUUGAAUUUAAA